AUCGCCGAGCCAGUCACAACCGCGCGCCCCGCGCGUGCCCGCGUUUUCUCGUCAUUCAGAGUCUCCGCCGUAACCUGUUUUCCGCAAACAACACCAAUACAACCUCAAAACUGACAUGCAAACCGCUAAUCAUCAAUUACAAACAUAACUCGCAACAUCGCAAACCCAGUCCGCAGUGUGAACCCUGAAGCGAUAUUUAAUUGUGUGAAUGCCACGGUCCGCAGCCUACGCAGCCGGCGACGUUCCCCACCUCCGUUCAUUCAAGGACCAGCCGUUGAACUCAUGUUGCUACAAUUGUACGAACGCAAUCCUCGUGGUUUGGAAAUGUGCCUAGAUAUCCACACGAAUACGCGACUGAACUGAUGACCGUUCGCGAAUCGGUGCCAACGACAAUGUCAAUCAGACAAAAUUCAGGCGAAUUCACUAAACACAAACAACAACAACUAGGUAAACAGGGCCCAGAACCGGUCAACUUUCCACCGCGCUAUCAUCCGCCGCCACCUGCCGCUGCGGGCUCGAAACUAGCCACUACAGACGCAGCCGCUAAAGAGUUUAAACCUCCUCACGCUGUGAAACAAGUUAUAGAUCCCAUUUCAUUACAAUACCCGGUGGGUAUUCAGAGUUCUAUGCCAGUUUUGUAUCCUAGUGGCCCAUAUCCGCAAGUGAAAUAUCUUCAGGGUUACCCGAUUGGAUAUCCCGUUCCUGCUGCCGCCCUUCGUGCAUUGAGACCACCAGGUGAGAUAGUGACGAAAGCGAUUGUUCACGAGCCCGUCGAGACCACGGCUCGGGCGAGAAGUGCCGACGACACUCAGAGAGUACAACGUAACUUUGAAGAAGAGCAAAUUCAUAGGCGCUCCGCUGACAUGCUUAAGUUUACGAAGCGUAUAGAAUCUGACGGCGCCAGACAACCCGCAGAUCAGAGGCGGCAAAUUCAAACACUUUUAGAUGAAAUAAAAGCAUUGAAGGAGGCCAAUCGUCGCUUAAGUGAAGAUAAUCAAGAACUUCGCGACUUGUGUUGUUUUUUGGAUGACGAUCGCCAAAAAGGACGAAAGUUGGCACGGGAAUGGCAAAGGUUCGGUCGGUAUACUGCUUCUGUAAUGCGACAAGAAGUGUCAGCAUAUCAGAGUAAAUUGCGAGAGUUAGACGACAAACAACAGGAGUUGAUAAGAGACAACUUAGAAUUAAAAGAAUUAUGUUUAUAUCUUGAUGAAGAAAGAGAAAGGAGUACGUGCGUUAAUUGCCGACGUGCUGCUGGAAGAGAAAGAGAUGACGGAGAUGGUAGCAGCAGUGGAACAAAUGCCGAAGAAAUAGCUCGACCUCCAGCGCCUACAGUGUCUAUGACGCAUCCGCAACUCGCAGAACGUACAGUUCAAUAUGUUCGAGAUUUAGAACAAAAAGUACGACGUUUAGAAGCUGAAAAAGGUGUUGGGACGGGGCACAACGAAAGACCCGAAGCCGUAGUUCGUGCUCUUCAAGUUCUAGAAGUAAGAGAAAGAGUAGAAAGGGAAAGAAGAAGGCCAGCGCCAGAUUUAGACUCUGGUGAACAGGCACUAGUGCGAGAAAUGUGUAAUGUAGUUUGGGGUAAACUAGAGGAAGCUCCGCCGCAAGCACCUCCGCGUUGAUUGAUAUUGAUAUGUGAAAAGAAAAAGGUCGUAAACAAAAGGAAGUGAAAGAAAUCUGUUUAAAAUUCAACAUUUGAUUGGAAUUUGCCUCGAUUGAGGCCAUGGUGAACGAAGUCGACCGCAUGACCUACAGCCUGCUUUAGGUACCGGCCUUGUUUAUCAAUCAGUUGUAACAGAACUUUUAGUUGUUAAUCAAAAACAUUAGUAAUUACGAACGUAGUAAGUUAUGAAACGCGUACUCGCUUGCCAGAAACAAUUUAAUAUUUUGCCUAACUUUUUGACAAAAAUGAAACCUUAAAGUACAAAAUUAGGGAUAAGUUUACGGAGUUAUAAUCACUUAAGUUCCAAUUGCCUUUGUUAUAUACUAAAAUUGCGACAUCCUUGUAAGAUCGUAUGCCAUAGUAUUUGCUUGUGCUAUGAAAAAAUCUAAUGUUAAGUAGUUAGCUAUAAUUUUAACGCCUAUAAUUUUGUUAUAUUAAAUUCAAAGAUGGAUAUUAGGUUUAAUGAGGCUAAAAUAAUUUAUAAAGUCUGUGAUUGGCCGUCAUUUGAAAGAGCUGGAUCUAAUUUAACUUAAUGUACUUUGAUGUAAAGGAUUGCCUGAAACAUGCUUGCCAAAGUUUGCCAUUUCGAAAUAAUAAAACAAUUAUAAAUUUUAUAUUGCUUGGUUACACCAAUAUAGCCAAUUAUGUUAUUCUUCUUUUAAUUGAGACAUAUUAAUCAUUACUGCUACUCAAACCAAGCCCAUUAUCAAAGAUUUUAGACUAUUAGAUAUGUCACUAGCUCGUCGAAACUGAGGCAAAUUAAAGUGCCUUAUUGUUUUAAUUUCAUUUAGUCACAAAGCAAAUAUAGUAUAACAAAUAAUACCUAAAUAUUUGUCUAUAAUGUCGAGGAAGUUUAAAAACUAUAUAUACAUAAAUAUAAUAUAAUGUCAGUAAACACAAAAUUGUACAUGUGUGCGCUCAGUGUAGUAGUUAAAUUCGUAUCACUUUUUGCGGUGAUUUCAUAGGCACGUAACAUAUCUAAUAGUUUAAAAUCGUUGCCCAUUGUGUUAUUUCUAUUUUUAAUAUUGUUUGAAUCUUAGAUUUUAAAAUUAGAAGUUGCUAUUUAUACCGCAUUAAUGCCUGUAUCUAGUCAUAGCCGACCAUUAGAAGUUUUGUUUUCGUUACAUUCAAAAUGUCCAGCUCUAUCCAUUUGCCCUGCUUUCUGUAGUAUGUCGUGUGUUAUUGAUGUUUUAAUUUAUUUAUGAUGUCUUUGAAAAAAAAAUAUUUCUGUUUUUAA